CCAAUUUGCAGGCCCGAUUCCACAUCAACAAAUAUACCAAUGUCAUCGACGACUCGGAGCGACGAGAGUCAUGUCUGGUACUUUGCGAUCGGGUCGAUGAUGAACCCAAUCAGUCUCUCGAACCGCGGGUUGGCUCCAGUAGAGAGCCACCCGGCCGAGGUGCUCGAUUACACGCUCCAGUUUUUUGGCGCCGCGGGCAUGGCCGAGGCCGUCCCGGAAGUCGGCGCCUCUUUCCACGGCGUGCUGCACAAGAUGACAUCUACCGAGAUGCAAGUCCUCGACCAAUUGGAGUCGACGUACGUUCGCGUACCGGCCAAGACACGACUCUACGACGGCCGCCUCAUUGACGCUACGAUCUAUGGCCGGGACGCGGCCAAGGUCGCGGCCAUGGGGCAGAACGACAAGCCGCCGAGCGAGCGCUACAUCGAAAUCAUGGUGCGCGGCUGUGAGCACUACGGCGUCGCAGCAUCGCACAUUGCCUUGCUCAAGUCGGUGCCGUUCGUGCCUCGUAAAACGCCGAGCGAGUUUGUCUCUGUGCCCGUGCCCGACGGCGUGCCGACGUUUACGCAGGAGGAGCUGCGCGCUGGCACAGGCGUCCGCGAGUACAUCGGGUCGCCGGAUUUUGCCAUGUACAACAACAUGUUGCGCAUGGCUGGGCAGCCCAUGGAGCCGUUGAUUGCCAAGAUGCUGUACGAUCCCAAGUACGGUUGUCCGUCGACGCUGCAAGAAUUCACGCGCGAGCACUGCGCGUGCAUCGAAGACAUGACGAUGCAGAAUUUUAGCAGUCUCUUCCAGACCGUCGGUCUCAUUGCGCAGACGUAUAAGGAGGAAUAA